AUGCUGAACGCAGCCAUUAUUCCUUUUGCCAUUUUGGCAGUAUCAUGCGGUGUUUUUUACUCGCUCGUCUGCUUGGGAGGCUCAGCCCCAAGGAAGCGGGCUCUGGCGCACAUUCCAGAACUACGGUUUGAGAAGGAUAAUACGCCAGACCGAUAUAGAAACGACACUCGAUCCCUUUUGAGAAUCGGAUAUGAAAAGUACCUCCAGUAUGGCGUUCCGUUCCAGAUGUAUAACCCGAUUGGCGAGUUGGGCAACCAAGUUAUUCUUCCCAUGAAGUAUCUAGACGAAGUCAAGCGCGCCCCCAAGUCGCUGUUCAGUUUCGAGGUGUUUUCAGAAAAGUUGUUUCUCCUGAACUAUAUCAACGCCCCUCGUCAGACCAACGCUGCCACCCACGCUAUCAAAUUUCACCUGAAUAGGAACUUGAAUAAUGUCAUGAAUGGGCUCUGGACUGAGGCUGAGGCAUCGCUCAAGAAGACCAUUCCUUCGCCGGGUCGGCAGUCGAUUCCCGGGGGCGACCUUGCAUGCAACAUUCUUUCACCCGUCAUGUCGUAUAUUCUCGUGGGCCCGUCACUUUGCAGGGAUCCUGAAUGGCUAGAUAUUGCGGUAGAAACCACCUUUUCUGUCUUUGACGCCUCGUUGGACAUUCGAAAGAAAUAUACGGCAAAUUGGAGGUGGCUGGCGCGAUGGCAGAAUGGCACUGCGCAACGACUUGGGACGAUUCGAAAGAAGGCCCUGGAGUUAAUUAAGCCGCUAUACGACGAAAGACGCCAGGCUAUCAAUGAGAAUGAUGGCCGAAGCGACAGCGGAUCUGAAAUGUUUCACGACACCAUAUAUUGGCUAUUGGGCCAAAAACGGGCUGACACCUCCUUGGAGGCAUACCAUGCGGAGAUUACGGCGGAAAUCAACGAGGCCUUGGCUGAGUUUAAAACUUCGGGCAGCGAAUGGACGCUGCAGCGAGUUGCCAGGAUGAGAAAGCUGGAUAGCUUCAUGAAGGAGAGCAUACGGAUGAAUCCCAUGGCCUUCAUCACCGGUCAGCGCUACGCGGUCAAGUCUCACACGUUCAAGGACGGAUUCAACUUGCCGGCUGGUACUAUGUUCCACUUUGCCGCCGACGCCGUCCAUCAUGAUCCAAACAAAUAUCCCGAUCCAGACAAAUUCGACGCAUACCGGUUCCUCCGUCUUCGCGAAAAAGUAGACCCAAACCAGUUUCACUUUGCCUUCGUCUCAGACAUGAAUCUGAAUUUUGGCGCUGGUCAGCACACCUGUCCGGGGCGAUUUCUCGCGGCCGUGGUCUUGAAGUUCGCCCUCAUCCUGCUUAUCACUCGAUACGAGAUUAAGUUUUCGGACGGCAGCACGCAAAAACCGCCAAAUGUGUUCGUCGACAAUACUAUAAGGUGCAAAACUACUUAUAAAGCCUCUUAUUUGAGGAGUAAUUUCUGCGCCUGGACACGGUAG